UUUAUUUUCAAUAAUUUAUUUAGAAUAUUCUAUCAACAUAUUAGCUUGAAUGUUCUGUCGACACCUGUUAUCAUCAUUACGACGCACAGCCACAGCCACAGCCACAGUGACAGCGACAUCCACGGCCACGGCCAGAAUAAAUAGCAACAUUAGCAUCGCACACUUGAAACGUCAUCUCUCCGCCAUGUCCUCCUUUAACAACAACGUGGCCACAACGACAACAGUGACCCUGCAAAACAGCCGAGCGCAAAUUCAAAUACUCUACCCAACCGAUAUAGCCGCCCAAAUACCACUCGAAUCCAUCCAAAGCUUUCCCCCCUUCGCCGACUGGCUACACACACUCGACGCCUCCCACACCAAUCCCCAAGAUGGCUCACAGAUCCUUAUCACCAAAAUCAUCAUCCAAAGCGUCGACCAAUUCAAAUCAGGCAAAAUAGGCUUUCUAAAGUUCACCACCGAUGCGCAAAAAAUUCCCGAAAAUAAACAAAUCCCCGGUAUUGUUUUUCUCCGCGGCGGAUCCGUCGCCGUACUCCUCAUGCUAUGCACCACCAACAGAGCCGAUGACGCUUAUGUGGUGUUGACUGUGCAGCCGCGUAUAGCCGUGCCCAGUUUUCAUUUGGCCGAGUUACCCGCCGGAAUGCUUGAUGGCAAUGGUGCAUUUUCAGGAACCGCAGCGAGGGAGAUCGAGGAGGAGACCGGCCUGAUUAUUAAACCUGAGGAUCUGAUUGAACUUACACCUGCCCAUGGUGGCCUUUAUCCAAGCCCUGGCGCCUGUGACGAAACUAUUAGACUGUUUGCGUGCGAAAAGUAUGUGUCGGAAAAUGAGCUGAGUGCGCUGAGUGGUAGACUGGGAGGGCUGAACAAUGAUGGUGAGUUUAUUAGUGUGAGGCUCGUUCGGAUGAGUGAGUUGGCUAGAGAGACAAGAGACAUGAAGGCUAUUGCUGCAAUGUACUUGUGGGAUCAGCUCAUUACCAAAAAAAUACAAUUAAUUUAGAACACGUGUAAUGAUCCCAAUAGCUCUGAAAUACAAAUCUUGUGCGAAAACCAAGCAUUUAAAUCACCGAAUUUUUUAUUUUAUUUUUUGAUUAACACAAACA